AUGUCAGAAUCAAUCAAAACUUCCAAAACAAACGCAAGUGGAGCAACUGCAGGCUCCUCUGUACCACCAGUAAAGAAGGCAGGAUUCAAUCAAGGACAAUUAGUCGCCACAGUCCAAACCUUACAAUUCGGUUGGUUUAUUGGUCAGUUUUUCACCCUCAUCGGUACCCUCUUCUAUUCCUUGACUUACUUCAAGAUUGGAGGUGCAAAAGCUGCAACUUUUUGGUACAUUUUAGCGCUUUUUGGAGUUGUCCAGAGUUUCGGUAUUCUUACAUUCCAAAAUUUGAAGAAAAGCGGAUUCAAAAUCGGUCCAAUCACCAAGGAUGAAAACACCCACUACUUAGCAAUUGGGCUUGUCUUUUUAAUUUUAAGACCUUACGUCUGGAUCCAAUUGAUCCCAUUUGGUCUCUUUUCAAUUUUCCACGUUUUGGCUUACACUGAAUCUUAUUUGCUUCCAAUUUUUGGUCUUGACUCAUCCAGUGCUCCUUCCAAAACUAUUGUGGCCAUUACAUCCAAGUACAAUUCCACAUCCAUUCAGGUGGCAAGUUUAAUUGAAAUUUACGGUUUAGGUUGGUUACUUAUCAGAUUGUUGACCUUCAGAAAAAAUUCUUUAUUACCGUUCAUUGCUUAUUUGGUUUUCAUUAAGAUCAGAUUUGAACAUUCCCAAUUUACUAGAAACUACCUCAAGUCUGCUGAAAUCCACACUGAUGACUUUGUUAACAAGCUUCAAGUACCAGCUGUCAAGCAAGUAUGGGUUAACGUUAAGGAAGCACUCAGAAGAAUUGGUGGUAUUUACUUAGUUAACAACUACACCAAGGAAAAGACAACCUAA